CGCUCGGAGAAAGCGUUCGCUUGUUUUGCCGGCUUGCAUCUCCCGAUGACAAAAUCAUGUUCUCGCACACCUGGUCUACUUUGCCACUCGUUCUUGCGUUAACAUCGAAUGUUGUCACGAGAGGGACCACCUCGAGGCCAACGUCAUGAAUUUAUUAUGCUAACGGUCUUGUAGUCUCUGCCUGUUUUGGGACGCGGAGUGUGGAGCUUGGGGGCGACGUUGGGACUGACCCACGGAGGGCAACAGAGCUCUUCAAAAUGGCAACCCCCUAUGUUACAGAUGAAUCUGGAAAAUACAUUGCCGCCACACAGCGACCGGACGGUACGUGGAGGAAACCGCGGCGGGUGAAGGAAGGCUACGUCCCCCAAGAAGAGGUCCCAGUUUAUGAAAACAAAUACGUGAAGUUCUUCAAGAAUAAACCAGGUCUUCCACCAGGCCUGAGUGCAUCUGAUGCCGAGCCACCACACCAGCUAAAGAUCCCGGGAUGUGCGGACAACGACACCGCUGGUCUCUCCAAGUCAGUCAAACGCAACCUGAAACGUAAAGAAAAGCGAAAACAACAGCAGCAGCAGCAGGAGCUGGAGGAGAACGAGGUCGACGUGGCGUCGCUCGCUGAUGCUGUUGAGAAUGUGACCAUCUCACAGGGCGGUGCGCACUCAUUCAAGGUGGCGGUGGCAGAGGAUUCCCCUGCAGUGGAAAAAGCCAAGAAAAUUAAGAAUAUGAGAAAGAAGCUGCGUCAGGUGGAGGAACUGCAGCAGAAGGUGGACUCAGGGGAAAUAAAGCAGCCAACGCAGGAUCAGUUGGAAAAGUUGGCCAGGGCAGCAGCUCUGCGAGACGAAUUAGAGCAGCUGGAACGCCACUCGUGAGAACGGACAAACUUGGUUGACGUCAUCCUCUGUGAUUCCAGCCUCCAUUUUACGUCUUCAUGAUGAACACUGAGUAGUGACUCAUGCCAAGUCUGCCCAUUUAUUUACAUUUUACACUCAGCUUGGCCCCGAUGUUCAGUUGUAAACAUCUUUAAAAAAACAACCUAUGUUCUGUCUCUUCCAUUUUAUACCUUUUAAAAAACAAUGAGAAAGGAAGUGAUUUGUUGACGUGUGUGCUUUUUGAAUGAUCACAGCCAAGGCACCAUCUUUAUUAAAAGUACAUGCUGCAACAAAAUGAUCUU